AUGUCAGAUAGGUUUCCAACUAUUGAAGUCAACAGAUCAAGGUCGUCUACCUUAGAUAAAAAGAGACAAUACAGUUAUUCAAUAAAUUCCAUCACAUCUAAUGAGGAGUUCGAAGAGAAGAAAAAUUUGAAUAAGAAUAGAAAGUUAAGUCAAGCAGAUUUAGAAAACCAGUUGAUUGAAACUGCUGGGGGUUCAAGAGAAGACGUUUUCUGGUUUUUUGUUAAAUUAUUAGUGUUACUCUUAUUAGUAUUUGGUUCAGGUGUAUUGAUCUUUUAUGCUUUGUGA